GGGGGGCCGCGACGGAGUGAGCGCUGGGAUCCGCACACCGGCGGCAGGUGUGAGCCGUCCGGAUGGCGGAGUCCGGACCGCAGCCGCCGGGCGGCGCACCCAGCCGGCACGAGAAGAGCCUGGGGCUGCUCACCACCAAGUUCGUCUCGCUGCUGCAGGAGGCCAAGGACGGCGUGCUCGACUUGAAGCUGGCAGCAGAUACUCUGGCAGUGCGGCAAAAGAGACGGAUUUAUGAUAUUACAAACGUCCUCGAGGGCAUCGGGCUAAUCGAGAAGAAAUCGAAGAACAGUAUUCAGUGGAAAGGCGUGGGGCCUGGCUGUAAUACCCGAGAAAUUGCCCACAAGUUGAUUGAGUUGAAAGCAGAGAUUGAGGAUCUGGAGCAUCGGGAACGAGAACUGGAACAACAAAAGAUGUGGGUGCAGCAAAGUAUCAGAAAUGUCACCGACGAUGUACAGAACAAAGAAUUAGCGUAUGUGACAGAUGAGGAUCUUUGCAAGUGCUUCCCAGGCGACACUCUGCUGGCCAUCCGGGCUCCAUCAGGAACCCAGCUAGAAGUUCCUGUCCCUGAG